GAAUCUUCUCAUCAAUAAAAAAUGCAUUACGAGAAAUAAUAACAAAAAUGAUGAAAGACUAUUUAACCUCACCAUAAAAUAUGUAACCAUUACAAAGUGAAAAAUUACAGCUGAUAGCAAAUAUGUGACUGCCAAAAAAUUAUCAAUGUUUCAAACUUCAUAUGAGUGGAAAUGUCACUCUUUUGAGUGAAGUUAAUACCUGAAAAUUAGUUUUAGCAUAUCAUAAUAUUGACAACUUAGAAACUGGUAAAAACAGAUAAGAGUAAGGGACUAAUAGACUAUCGGGCUUUCGUCUAUCUUUCUUUUAUUGUUGGACAUCUAUUUUUUAGGCAUUUUAUAAAAUUCCUUAAAAAAUAGAGUCUACAUUUUGUAAUCUUAAUAUUUAAUUUAUUCCUAAAGAAGAUAAUCUAUACAACAUAAAUAAAAUAUAAAGCACAAUCAUUUUGCAUUAUGAUUAAGCAAGCAACAUUAGAACAUAAAAGUGCAGAAAUUAUCUCUUUUUCCCCAUCUUAAGCGACUUCCACUUCAAACGCCAGUGAAAUUAAAAUUUUGUGAUCAUUAUAUUCUAACUAAACGAAUCACAAACGUUCGAUUAUGUCAUGUAUUGAGAAAUUGGAAUUCACUGAAUAUGAGUGGAUAUGAUCAUAUGAGUGUGGAAAAUAUGUAAACACAUAGACCUAAACUUUAAAAAAGCAAUCUGGUUGCAAAAUUGUCAUGGCCAGAUGCAAGUAAAAUUGAUUGAUUGUGGAAAAAAAGGAAGCCAGAAAAUAAUACGCAAAGCUGCAAAGCAAAGGGUAAGAAGAAAGCUUUAAAAUCUAAAAUAUAGAUUUUAAAGCUGCUAGAAAAUUAAAUUAUUUCAAGAUUAGUGAAAAAAUUCUGUAACGGUAGCUUGUUAUGUAGAUUCCAGUCUCUAUAUAACACUUGAAUUUGUAAAAAUGUUUAAACUUUCAGCAAAAGGAUAUCUAGUAGCUUUCCCUUGAAGGUAAUUAAGAAGUUCACAGUUGAAUCUUUUAUCUUAGUCCAAAUAGCAGUAGGGUGAGAUCAAAAUCUUUAAACUUUUUAUUGGUGAUCUUAUUAGAGAUUUUACACGGAUAUUAUAGAGGGGUAAUUUUACAAAGAGCAUAUUGUUAUAAAGAUGUAUAUUGCUUAUAGAGAGGUAAAAUAUAACAUAAAAAAUCGGUUCCGAAAAAAACUUGAUUUUUAUUAGUGAAUAGCCGUUAUAUAAAGAUGUAUAACAGAUCUUACUCUAUUAAGAGGUUGUUUGAGUAGUUUGUACGGUAGUCCAAAUCGGUUUGAGGGUAUAUAUAUGCUUAUUUAAAACGUGAAAUUUAAUUAAUUUAAGCUUAAAUAUAGUUCAAGAAAUGCGAUAUCUAGUCAGGAGACAUUUCCUCUCACCAACUACAUCCUCACUCCCUCCCAGUCAAAGUACUCAACUUCCAUAAUAACGCGCAGAGAUUUGAGAACAACAAAUUAAGAGAAAAGGAGAGAAAAAAACACAGCUUACGACUAAUCAUAGACAAAAUUUUGACUUUUAUACUUGAUUUCAAUUCCUGACCAAAUCAAACAUCAAUUAGCUCGUUCAACUAUUGAUGAAUCUUCUCUGAGGAAAUGAUAAAAAAGAAACGACAGAACAAACUCACCGUAGUCGAUUUGCACAUAAGAUCGAUGAUGGCAGUCAGACGGCUCCAAUUAGCUGCUCUUGUGCUAGUUGUAAUCUGCACAACCAUAUCCAAAGCCCAAAAUAUUACUAACUGCAUUUCUUCUUGCGGUGAUAUUCAUAACAUCACCUUUCCAUUUCGGUUGAAAGCUGAUCCCAAGAAUUGUGGAGAUUCUAGGUUCCAGCUUGAUUGCCAGAAUAAUCGUACUGUCAUAAGUUUGGAGUCAAGGAAAUAUAACGUGUUGGAAAUCAACUAUGAUAAAUUCUUGAUCAGAGCAAUUGACCUUGGUUUGGUGAAUCAGACCACUAACUGUACUUCUUUUCCCAAUUACUUCACCAAAGAGGUGCCUAGCACCUCACCUUUUGAUUAUUUUGCUCCCACCAUUCCCAUUAUCUAUGUCAAUUGUUUAGCCACCUUAGAUUCUUCGCGCUACGUGAAGACUACUUUCUGUGGUUCACAGAACAAGACUUCUUUCUUUAAUUCUUCACAAAGUCAUAGUUAUGUGGCCAUAGGAGAGGACAUGUCGAUUACGGAUUUGGCUGAGAAUUGCAGCAUGGAAAUAGUGGCCUGGGCCUCAGCUCGUGGGCUUUGGGUGAUAAUACUACUCUAUCGAGCAUUCAGGAUGCCUCGAGUUACGGGUUUCAGCUUUCUUGGAAGCGUACCUUCUUGUGUAGAGAAUGUGAAGCGAUUUACUGUGAUGCUGGAGGCGACGGCUAUCAUUGCAGCCACGUCGAAAAAAACUGGCGCUGCGGCGAUGCCGCCCCCUUUGAUCUUGAAAGGAAAAAUGAAGAACAGAUGUAAAGAAUUUUCUGUAUUUUUUGAUUGAUUCGUUCACUGUACAGGACCAUCUAGCUUUAUACAAGUAUUUCUCUGAAAAAGAAAAAUACAAAUAAAAGAAUCCUAUAAGAUUUGUACA